GGUACACAUUAGUUUCAUAAUGGCGGAGGUGAUGGAUUUAACAACUCUACGCUGCUCUUUGCAGCAUAAUUCAAAUUUCCGCUUUUCUUAUAACUUACACAUGAAAUAUAUGCAAUCGGAAUGGUUCAUGGAGAAGAGCUUUGGUGACUUUGAGUUGUUGCAGGAGGCGCUUAUUUCUCAGGAUUUUACUGACAUUCCCUUACUUCCAGAUCUGCAGCUCUCUGGAGGCAUGGACCCUAUGAGUGACCACAACGAGGUUGAGGCAUCCCUGGAGAAAUUCAUUUGGGAACUACUUCGCCGUCCAGAUACUCGUGCGUGCAUUGAUGUACUAUCCUUUUGUGACUUACUACGUCGUCUGGAAAACGCUCCUCCUGCUGUUUCUUCAACUCUCGUAACUAACACGGCGCCAUUCCGCCUUUCUGUUUGUGAUGUCCAAUACAUCAGGGAGCAGGGUUUAUUGAUCGUUGCUUAUGAGGAAAAAACUGCGAUGAGCAAGAUUGGGCGUGUAUGGUCAUUGAUUGAGCCUGAGAUUUUGGGUUCAAUUCGUAUAUAUAAAAUGGGCAAGGACACGCGUGAGGACCCCGUUAUUCUGUUUGAGAAACCAUUCCACUGUAGAAUCCGUGGUAUUCAAUAUGUCACCAAAGACUACAAACUGGCCAUAGCCAAGGAUGAUGGCACUGUGGAAAUCUUUUAUUUGGGUGACUCCGCCUCCGAGUUUACCUCUCUAGGCAGUGUGGUUUUGCAUUCCGGUCCUAUAUUAUCGUUUGAUAUUGACGAUGGCAAAGGUUUUACCAGUGGAUAUGAUGACAGCAUACGUGCUUUCGAUGUACAGCGUCAAGCUACUGUGAGUGGUGGUAAGCUUACUCGUCGUUUGCAUGGUGAGAAGCUGUUGGUAUCCACUGCAAUUAAUCCAAGCACCAUGCUGAUCGGUACAUCUAACAACCAGGUUUACACCUACUUUAUGAAAGACGACAUUCCUUUAUUUGUGGAUUGCUGUGACAUUCCAGCGCCAUUAAACAUUCGUAAGAUUUAUGCUACACCAACUAAUCUGUUUAUUGCGCAUGGCAAUUGUGUAUCUUGCUUUGCCUACAUGCGAUACCCGGUGGAAACUCUUCGUAAUCGUCAAGCGUCAGGUAUAUCUGAUACCUGUUCUGCCGAUCGUGAGAUGAGUGGUAUAAAUCAGAGUGAGACACUUGAAUUAUCUCAAGCUUCCAAAUCGCAAUCGACAUCUGGGACUGUGCGCUUCCCUAUGUCAAUCCGAUCGGCUCAAUUUUCGAUACAGUCUAGUGAGAGCAGCUUCUCUACAUACCAGGUCUACGACGUUGCGCUACGAUCAAAGGAGCGGCAGCUUUUGGUGGCUUAUGACGAGGUUGUUGCCAUUUGGUGUAUAGUGAAGGGCGUGAUGUUAUAUUCAUGGUAUGCCCAUCGCCACGCGCAGGUACACAUUGUACGUGUCUUGGAGCCAGAAGGUUUAAUUCUUACGGGUGGAUCUGAUGGUGAAAUUAGGUUUUGGCGUUUACCUCCAUCAUCGCAGUUGAAGUUGUGGACUCCCAUACCUGCCUAAGGUGUGUACAACCUGUGUUAUU